AUGGUGGCCACGAUAGCCCCAAAUGCCGCCAGCCAAUCAAAGCGACUGGCGGCAUGGAUGGAGGAAGAAUUCUUUCGCCCUUCUAUUCUGCGACUCCGCUUUUGUUUUCUUCUGGUCCCGGCGAAGGCAACACCCGAAAUCGUCCAGGAAAGUCGAGGGGAACCACAAAAAGGGGCGAGCGGGCCAGUCAUCACUGUCUCCUAUUUAAACCUACUCGGUUUUCGUGACUCCAACGAUGAACCGGAGGUGCAUUUGAAGUAG